UAGAGAGAUGGAGAGAAAGUCAGAAACCAUAAAGAAGGGUUGUGAAAGGGAAAGAAGAAGGGAGGGAGAGGGAGUCAAGACUGAGCUAGAAACUGAGAAAGAGACAGAGCAACAGAGAGGCAGUGAGGGAAGGAGGGAAGGAGAGGGCACAGCAAAUCUGGUAGAUAUGUCGAGAGGGCUAGAGAUAGUGGGGGUGUAAAAGAGAGUGGGAGGAAAAAGAGAGAGUGCGUCUGUCUGAUAGACAUAGUGAGGCUGUCUGGAUGUUCCCAUUCACUCUGCAGCAUGCUGUACUAAAGACUCACACCUUAACCAGAAGAGAGAGAGAGAUUGGAUCAUUGAGACUGAGAACACCUUUGACCUCUCUGUCAGUGAUGAUUCACCAGAGAAUAACGGGAUCCCUUAGGGUGCCUCUUUCACAUGAGGCCUAUGUGACUUAACCUCUCCACAACAACCUGUAGGCCAGGGAACUGAAGUGUCAGUAUAUGUGACGGCUGUGUGAACCAAUGAGCACCACACUAACCCCAGAGACCGGCCUAGGCAGAGAGAGUCUCCCGCCCAAGAAGAGGGACCCCAGACCAGGCCUCUCAGAGCAGCCUCCUGCUGUCACGUUCAAGGUCCCCUUCCCCUACAAGAGCCAUAAUGAAGUCAAGCCCUACAAUGCAUCUUACUCAGACCUGCUCCCUCCUACACCUGCAUCUGUGCCCCCGCUAUACCAGCCCUGGACCCAGUCCCCCACCACAGCCUCCACCACCAGAGUCAACCCCUAUCUCCCCUCUCCUGUCAACGACAGCUAUGGCUGGGCUGAGUGGAAGGAGCACUAUUACAGAGGUUGGGCUGCAGUGCCUUCAGGGUGGGAAGUUCCCUACAUUCUCCAUCACCCCUCAGAAUACCCACGCCACCCCUCUAUCUGCAGACACAUGGCCUUGCCUACAGAGGAGCCCAGUGGGGUGGAAGCAGGGUACAGAUGGCACCUUAAUAAAAAAGUGAGUGAGAAGUUAAGUCCACACACCACACAGCAAAGCAGACAGAGCGGCCCAUAUAUGAGAAGAAGGAAACAGGGGGGCCACCAGCCACAACCCAGCUCAGGGACAGGUUCUGCCCCACUGAACACUGCUCUAUCUCCUACCGCCAACAGGAACCUACACCACCACCCUGAACUGGUAUACACAAACCUCUCCACAGGUCCCAAGUACCAUGCUUCAGGGCAAAGUCCUUUGGAGUUUGAGGCACAAUCUCUCAUAAGACCAUCACUUAUUGACCAAUCAACAGAGAAAUAUUGGGCCAUGGGAGUAACAGAAAAAGUAUGUGUGCCUCCACAUCUCUCCUCCCAUCACUCUUCCUACCCUUCCACCUCUUCUGACCAGUUGCCCUGGUUGCUCCCUCACUUUGCUGCAGGCUCUUUAAUCGAGCUCAAAGAUGGGAGGCUGAGGAGGGUUGAGGAUUUGCAGACAGAAGACUUCCUAAUCGGCGCGGAGGCUUGUCCAGAGCUGCGUCUGAGCUGCUGCACUGUGCAGCACAUCUCCCCCUCCACAGCCCCCUCCCUCUCCCGCCUCCUCAUCCUCCUACACGAGGAACACUCUCAGGAGUUCCUGGAUGUGUAUGUGGAGUACCCGUUCUUUGUACGUGGGCGUGGCUGGUCCUCCUGCUGUCCCCAGAGAACAGCCCGUCUUUGUGGCCUCCGCUGCCACCAACUUAGUGUGGGUGACGUCUGCCUGGCUCUCAUACCCACAUCACCCUCCGUUCCCCCACCCACCCAACCCCAGGGUCCUGGCACCCCAGCUAGAGGGCCUAAGCCCCUGCAAACAUCCUGCCCCCAGGCUCCUCUUCCCCCUGUUCCAGAUAGGCCAAAAGCAGAGCAGAGAGGGGGGUUGGAACCAGCACGGAAGAGGCGUUGGUCAGCCCCUGAGCUGCGUGGCCCAGGCAUCAACUGCCCGGACUGAUAAACACCACUACCAUAUGGAAAGGGAGCCAGCAAAGUCUAACUUUUGUUUUAUUAUCUUUAUCUCAACCUCACACUCUUUCCAUCCCUGUCUUCGUGGCUGUCAUUUUCUAAUUUCUGCUUGUCUUUUUUAUAUAAAGGUUUAUUAUGAUCAAGGAGGAAAGAAAUAUAGAUUUGACUCUCAGGAUUCUGGAUCCUAAGCAGAGUACAAUUGCAGGUAUUGGUCUAAAAGCCAUAGAUUAUCAGGGAUGUGAGAGAGAAUAUAUCAGGCACAAUAUAUUACCUUGACCCAACUCUAGAAUUGCAAUUUUAAAGGUGUCACCCAAUAUUAUUAAAACUUGAAAACAUAAACACUCCUAAUUUUAUCAAUGAGAUCAUUCAGGGGAAAUACAUUUCAUUCUAUGCUACCUCUAUAUUAGCAACUUUAAUUGACAGAACUGAUUUCUGUAUGUAGAACAGUGAAUGUUGAAGUAGGCCCCAGUGAGUGUGAAUGGCUCCCUGUGUGCUGUAUAGCUGACAGUUGUUGGCAUUACAUUAUGCACUAGAUCAUUGGUGUCCUUGGUGUCCGGUCUGAUCUUUUACCUCAACUUUUGCUACAGUUUGACAAUCCUUUAUGUUCUGAAAUUCUAAUUGAAAUAUUUCUGUUGAUUAAGAAUAAAACAUGUUAAAGGGCUCUAUUCAAUCCGUAUGGCGGAAAUUCAGCGUUACAGCAUGAUAAACAUUUAAAAUGGAAUGUUCUGCGGAAGCAGAGACUGUAUUCACGGUAAAUGCUGCAUACAGUCAGCUCCAAAUGUAUUAGGACAGCGACACAAUUUUUGUUGUUUUGGCUCUUUAUUCAAGCACUUUGGAUUUGAAAUGACUAGGAGGUUAAAGGGCAGACUGUCAGCUUUAAAUUGGGUAUUUUCAUUCAUAUCUGGUGAACCAUUAAGAAAUUACAGUGCUUUUUGUACAUAGUCCCCCAUUUUAGGGGACCAAAAUGAAUCGGUCAAAUUCACUUAUACAGUAUGUGUAGUAGUAAAAAGUUAAGUAUUUGGUCCCAUAUUCAUAGAACACAAUGACUACAUCAAGCUUGUUACUCUGCAAAUUUGUUUAAUGCAUUUCCUGUCUGUUUUGAUUGUGUUUUAGAUUAGUUUGUGACCAAUAGAAAUGAAUGGUAAAUAAUGUAUUGUGUCAUUUUGGAGUGACUUUUAUUGUAAAUAAGAAUAGAGUAUUUUCUAAACACUUCUAAAUUCAUGUGGAUGCUACCAUGAUUACGGAUAAUCUUGAAUGAAUCAAGAAUAAUAAUGAGUGAGAAAGUAACAGACGCACAAAUAUUAUACCCCCCCAAAAAAUAUCUGCCGUUAUUGUAAUUGUGAGAGGUUAGCAUGUCUUGGGGGUAUGACGUUUCUAGCACGCAAUCUGUAACGCUUCGGCAAUACAGACUGAAUAGAGUCCUAAAGUAGGUUACAUUUACUAUAUUUUACCUCACCAGCUGAUGUUUACAAUAUUUAUAUACAAAUGCUUAUAGAGCCUAUGAUAGAUUAUACAUAAACCAUCAACGUCUUCAGUUACCAUGUUUUGGUUGUCAGUGUGUGAGAAAAGGCUUUUCUGGCCAAGUGAUAUAAAUGUAUUACAUCUGCUAUGCCUAUGAGAGUUUCUGUGCAAUUUGUUGCUGUAAUCUGACAUUUAGUUUUUACAGAAAAUAUGGCCUCGAUCGCCCACCUGCAGGUCUGGAAGGAUAUCAAAAGGAAGCUGGAACAGAAUGAUAGCUCAGUUCUCUUGUGGGCAAAACCAAUGGCAUCUCUGGGACCACAAGCCUUUCUUGUGCUGUGCAGAGCUUGGUGAUAUAUGUCUGUGCCUCCUCCUCCAGGAAACUCAACCCAAAAGGGCAUACUCUAUCAAUCCCACACAGUCUCCUAUUAACCGUCAGCACUGCCAUCUCUCACAGCGGCAGCCUCUGAAUCUGCACACAGACAGCCAGAUGUCUUACACCUGACCUCUGCUCCGCAGAAUACAUCAUCACCUACAUGCCGUUCAAAGGAAAAACAGACAGCCAUUUUGUUCUCAUCGAAGUCAAAGUAAACCCAGCUGUUUGUGGAAAAAAAGGAACUAUGCUGUAAAAAAGAAACGUGUCAAAGUAAAACCCAUUUCAGAGACUGUCUAAUGCAAUCAGAUGCAGCAGUUUAUCCAGCAAUUGUUUUACACAGAGGCGCUGGGUGCACACAGCAGAACUGUCCAAACUGGAUUUAUCUUGUUCAAAGGCACAUCUUAAAAUGUCUACUCAUGGAUAAACAAGCAAUUGCUAAAUUCUUAAUUCUGCUCCGUUUUGGAGCAUCUUUAGCAUUUCAUUUGAGUCUCAUGCCUCUAUCCAGGGGGAUAUCUUUUUGUAUUCAUCAAUACUUUCCUUUCUUUGUUCACUUAAGAAAAAUGAGAUUAUAAAUAAAUGGAUGACAGUUCA